CAGAUCCUCACAGUGAGACACACGCGACACCGCUUGCCGUAUGUAGCUUACAAAAACACCGGCAUCUUUUUUAAAAAAUCACCAAAACACAGUUACGUUUGAAUCAUGCGCCAUAGUGUUCGGUAUGUCUCGGUACUGACUGUUGUGUUGUUGCUGAAGUCAGCUAACAACUCACCGAUUCCCGCCUUCAACGCGUCUGAAGUUGACGCAGCGGAAAACGAGGUCGUGGAUGUGCCGUGUCUCUUUGGUAGACUGAACAGUGACGAAAGCUUCGGGAGCAGCGAUGGACUGAUGGGCCGCAGUCUUGAGGAAAACAGUUCGCCAGUGUUUAGAGACAGAACAACAGUAUCGACGACCGAGAGAGGUGCCAGCAACGACGAUGCCGAAGAAACAUCCGUAGCUCGUGAAACAAGAGGAUACAUGCGGCGCGCAAGUAAGGUGAUCGCGCCACUGGUGCUGGGCUUCGUGCUCGCCAGUGUGGUGAUGGGCGGCGUGACGGCGGUGAAGCUGUUCCUGGUGAAGGCGCUGCUGCUGAGCCAGCUGGCGCUGGGCGCGGCGCUGCUGCUGGCCGCCAAGUCGCUGCUGUCCGCCGUGGGCGGGGGUGGCUACCCCUCCCACCAGCCCUACCUGCAGCACCUGCAGCACCUGCAGCCGAUACACCCGCCGCUGGUGGAGCCCUCGCCCUACCACCACAACCCCUACGCAGCUGAACACCACUUCGCUCCCUCUAUGGAGGGCUAUCCCGACUAUGGCUACCACGCAGUUGGAAGAUCACCAGAGGCAGUUCCAGUGGAGCAAGAAGACCUUCAAGCGCACUAUUCCAAUCAAGUGGCGGCAACGGCGCCAGCUGCCGCUGGAGCGCGGAAUGCAACCUCCAGGAUGGACGUGCGGCCGGUACCUACAGGUGGCAUCACCCUGGUCAAGAGCCAGUCACACCACGCGCCUGUGGUCGUCUACCGCAAGGUGGUGUCCACGGGACGAGCUGCCGCCAGUUGAGAACACGUCUGCGUGAUGCGACCCAUCAGCGCUCUGAGUCCUUCGUUUACACACUUAUUUAUUAAUUAAUUUAUUUAUUUAUUUAAUCAUCGAGUAAACUUUUUCUUACCUCACAUUUCAGCAAGUUUCCCUGAGAUAAUAUUUAAUUCCAGGGAAUUAAAGCAACGAAACAUCUGCUUCAAAGAGUCGUUAUGUUGUUUGGGCGGGCUGCCAUCAGUUAAGAGCAGCACUCUAGUGUCUUUAGAUUAAACAUUUAUUUAUUUAUUUAAUCAUCGAGUAAUUUUUUCUCAUCUCACAGUUCAGAAGCUGGCCUGAGAUAACAUUUAAUUCCAGUAAACAGAAGCAACGAAACAGCUACUUCGAAGAGUCAUUACGUAGUAUGGGCCUUCGUUAGUACAGUACUACAUACUUCGUCUGGAUACAGCAUGUAUUGUCUUUGUCUGAUACUGAACUUUGUUCACUACUUGUAAUAUGUUUGAAAGAAUCAAAACCAGUGCCGUUGACUAAUUACUGUAACAUAAUUUUCAAUAAACAAGCAAUUUUCUUAGUGCGUGUUUGAGGGAAAUAAUGUUCAAUAAUUAUCUAAUUCCAUCGCUAAAUACUAAUAAUAUCCGUGUUUCUUUAAUUAGUGCUCGUUGAGAAUACAGAAAAAGAAUUAUGGCUUUUUUUACUUAGUACACACAACUACAAUUUUGUUUUACUUUUAGUGCUGUAACUAUGAAAGUGAGCUUAUGCAGUGUCUCAGAAGGUAGUAAUAGAUACAGUGAUGAUCAUUACUGUAUUCAGUAAAGAAUCUAUUUUAAAUCUGACGCCUGCAUGUAUUAUGCGUCGAUUUCGGAACUUCAAUGCACGCCGCUAAACAGUUUGAUAUAAGACAUGUUGGCACCUAUAACCCUUUUUAUGGCUUGUAUGGUCCAAACUGGUCAUUCAUGUGAAACUAAACCAAGUGAAUACAUGUAAACAACAGUUGAGGCGGGGCCAUUACAAUGUCCUUCAACAAAUAGUGACGCAUUUCACAAAAGCAGACAAAGUUAUCAUUUCCACAAGACUGUUUCGUUAAAAUAGGUAUUUUAUUAAGCACUACUAGCUACAGACGAGAUUUAACUCGUUUUCAAUUGCAGGAGGUUCAGGAUUUACUUUCGAUUUCUUCUGUGGUAGUAAUUUUCGUAGGCAACACCGCUACCUUUAAAAAGUAACUUUAUGUUAUGAUUCCUUGUGGUUUCUAACAAUUGCAACUUACAGACUGUUCUUAUAGCUUUUCAUGUCAUAUGCUUUCCGUUGCGCUAAUAAUAGUCAUUCUUGUUUCUCUAAAAACGUGUCAGCUAAUAUAUUUUGUAGCUGCAAAUAUGGUGCAGUGUUCUCUGUUAAAAAUAUACCAGGUACGUAAAUGUUUACGGUAUGAUUAGCCAUUUUAUGCUUACAUUCCAACAUUCUCCAGUGGUAUUCUUCCUUAGAUGUUACAAAUUUCAAGAGUACAUAAUUGUAGCUAUCAAAAUGCGGCGU